AUGGACAGACUGACGGCCGCCAUGAAGUCUCCCACCAAGGCUGGGAGCAUGGCUCCAGACACCUCUGUUCGCCCAAAGUCCUGUGCGUCGCCGCGGCCCUCAACGCCGCAAAACCGCCUUCUUGGUCGUGGCUCUCUCGGGUCGCUUCGGCGCCUGAGGAGCAGGUUGAGCCUGGGGAGCCUUCGCAAGAGCUCGCCAGAAAGAAAGGAUGUCACGAGGCUGAGUGGCCACGUGACCGGAGGUUCGCCAGUUCACAGCCGGCCCUCAUUUCGCCCUUUGUCGAUUGUCAAUACGGCCUUACAUCCGUUUAACUUCGAUGUCACUGCGGCCAUGCAUGCCGUGCAAGACCAGACCCUUUCUCCCUCCCACAAGGCCAACAGCACGGCAGAGUGUGCUCCUGGUGACAGCAUGGCAUCAGGACAGGAAAGCAGCGAGCCGCUGGCUCAAUUCGCACGUCUCUCAAAUGAAGAGCGUGACGAUGAUGAGAAGACAAUCAAACCAGCUGGUCGAUCUGACGAAGACCUGCCCGCCCAAGCCUUCCCUCCAUCUCCCUCUCCCUCUCCCGCUCCCGCUCCCGCCAACGAUGCUCAAGAACGAGCCAACAAUCCGGUCUUCACUGGCAAUUUUCGGUCCCUGAUCAAUCUACCUGCGCCAGACAUCAGCCAGCACCCGGCCUUCCAGAGUGACCCGGCGACCUCAACCAGCGACGCCCCUCUGCUGGUCACGACCUCUACGGCGGCAGAGAUUCGACAAUGGGCUAAAGAGAGGGGCCAAGUCCAUGCGGAGCAUGGCAACGGAGUCAACGCGGCUGCAGGCACACCAAACAGCGGCGCAGGGGGAGCGAACCCCGCCAACGACCAAGCAUCUGGCGCGGCAGGUGCGAUGACACCCCGUCGUGCAGUCCGUUUUGUGACUCCAACCGGCCCUCGUCGUCGAGAAGGGCGAAGAAGCUCCGAGGCUAGGACGCCAGGAGUUUUCUCUCUUCGACACAACUUUUCCCGUCUCCGACUCGACUCUGACAAUGCCGAAACUGAAACCAGUGACGCACUGACCGGAGGUGCUGCAAUGACUUCGCCAACAGCGCAGCCCAAGACACCAGUCGACAGCGACAAGCGAGCCAAGGCGUCAGGCUCACAGGAAGUCGAACCAAAGAGGACCGGUCUACGAAAGGUUACUGGUUUGUUCAAAUCGAAGUCCGACAAGACCCAGCCUGACCCGACGUCCCCGCUCCCAGACCGUCCCAAUUACCGCCGACCAAGAGAGGAUCUCGUACGUAGCUUCUCUACUUGA